AUGUCUUCUUCCAGCCAGCAACCACUUGCGAUGUACUCCAAAUCAUUGGCCAUGAUUGAUGAUUUAAUUUACAAGCUUCAAAACAACCAACCAUUGGAGAUUCCGAGCUCUUCUUCUUCAUCAUUACUGAAAACAAAUACUUUAAAAGAACAAUCAAAAAGAAAUAACAAUACCUCUUCUUCAUCAAAACCACCAAAAACAACACAAAAGAAGGACAACAAGCCUUCAACACCAUCCAUUCCACCCUCUCCUUUCCAUCAAACAUAUAUUGUCGUUGCAAAAAUUGAAUCUGUCGAGAAACAUCCUGAAUCGGAAAAGCUUUACAAGAUGACUCUUUCCGUUGGUGGCCAACAAGGAACAACAACACGAAAUCUUGUUGCUGGCUUGAGAAAAUUCUACUCGGAGGAUCAACUGUUACAUCGUAAAGUAUUGGCAAUUCUUAAUUUGAAACCUAAAAAGCUUGCCGGAGUGGUCAGUGAGGCUAUGGUUUUGGCAGGCUCCUGUGGCUCUGGAGAUGAUGAUGAAAAGGUGAGAGUGUUGGAUCCAGCAGAAGAGGCUCAGGUGGGUGAUCGAGUCAUUUUGAAAACAGAUUUUGAGCACUGGAAGAAUGUCUAUGUCAGCUCUCCAGAGGAACGAUGUUCACCAAAUCAAUGGGAAAAGAUUGUGAAAGAACUUGCUGUUCUAGAUGGUCAACCAAGUUAUGCCAAACAAAUUUUAUGUGUUGCAAGUCAACAACCACUCAAAGUGAAGUGUGAACUACCUGACGGAGGUGAAAUUCACUAG